CAGGGCGCGGAGCGCGCAGCCCAGAGCCGGCAGCCGGCUGUUGCCUGCCCUCGUGUCCUGGGCGGCUGUCGGGUUCCUGGAGAGCGCGUCCAGCCAUGGAGCCUUUGCACAAAGACGCCGAGACGGCGGCAGCGGCGGCGGCUGUGGCAGCGGCUGACCCCCGGGGGGCGUCGUCGUCCAGCGGGGUGGUCGUGCAGGUUCGCGAGAAGAAGGGCCCCUUGCGCGCCGCCAUCCCCUACAUGCCCUUCCCGGUGGCUGUCAUCUGUCUCUUCCUCAACACUUUCGUGCCGGGAUUGGGUACCUUCGUCUCGGCCUUCACCGUGCUGUGUGGGGCCCGCACUGACCUCCCAGACAGGCACGUGUGCUGCGUCUUCUGGCUGAAUAUCGCUGCGGCCCUAAUUCAGGUGCUCACGGCCAUCGUUAUGGUGGGCUGGAUCAUGAGCAUCUUCUGGGGCAUGGACAUGGUCAUCCUUGCCAACUGCCAGAUGCACCCACCGAUCUCAACAGCCACGGCCUUUUCACUUCUUCUCAAAAGGUGGAUGCCCCCCUCCCAUGAGAUGGGCUGGUCUUGCACUAAGCAGCCAUGUUUGAGGAGGGGGUCUUGGAAUAGCCCCUUAGAAGGGAACAGCUGCAACUGACUUUGUCCCAGGAACAGCUGGCUAGAGGGUUGUUCCUCUGGCAUCACUCACAUAUGAACACAGGUUGGGUUUCCAUGGCACCUUGGCCACCAGCAAACACAGUAUCAAAUAAAAACUUCUGAGAAGAAUCAGAGUCGGCUGAACAUCGAUGCUCCGUCUAUGUUAACAGCGAGCGGCAACAGUCAUAGCAGCCUGUUUUGAUUGCUAGUCACUACUUUCUGGUAGCUCUCCUGGCUGCUCUUUCUAUGGCUACGUCCACAUCAGACACUGAUAAUCAUUUGUGACAUUUGUCUCGGCAUAAGGCUCUGGGCAGUCAUUACCAAUCGAUCUGAGAUGUCUCCAAGAUGUUUUCCAUUCUCAGGUCUUUCCCAAAGCAGCAGGCGUUAUACUGUGGGUCCGGUCCGUGGAAAGGACUAAUAGUGUAGCCCAGACAGAGCGGGGCUGGGACCAGGGCAGGUCACUGCGGCCUCUUUAGUUUGUCGGUCACAUCUGCCUUCUCUGUACCUGUCCCUCUUCUAAACCGCCCAGAAUGCACCCUGAGAGCAUGGGCUGGGAGCGGGGGAGUGAAGAAGGCAGAAAGUCAGGCGGUGAGCAGAGGUGUGAGAAUGGCUGGAGGCGGCACUAGGCAGCCGGGGGCAGGACAAUGUGGUGCAGUCAACCGGCAGAGCUGGCCACAGUGGCUGCUCACUGGAAGGACCAAGCCCACGUUGGCUGAAGCCCUGUCUUGGCGGGGUCUUUGGUAGAGUACCCCCCUCACCUUACAUUGCCAGUGCUUUGGCUUCUGUGUUCAGACUGUUUCUCUUUCUCUCUCCUCUUCCCUCUGCUGCCUUGCCUCUCUGCGGCUGCAGUCUCCCAAGGUGAGUCUGUUGGUAGAUGCGCACCCUCUCUCCUGCAGAUACCCAGCCUUUUAUAGGUGAAUGGUUAGUUGCGUUUGUAGCCUUUCUUUGGGAAGGAGAGUGCCUAGCAUAACAGGUCCCUAACGUCUCCACCAUCUUUGGCCACUCAGGACCACGCUCAUCACCUCUGCUUCCCCCAGGCCCCUAACCAUCACUGGAUUGUUAACACCUAAGAUUGACAGGAGACCCACUACACAGAGAGAGACCCAGCUUGGGCUCCUGGCAUUCCUUCUUAGACCGAGGUAACUGGCUGGCAGAGUCACAGCCUAGCACCCCCUUCCCUGCUGCCUCAGCUCCUGUAAUCUCACCCGAUCAGAUUAGCAACAAUUCCCUCACAUCAUCAGUGCUCCAACUUUCCCAGGGAGGGAUGUGGAUACAGCCAGGGGAGAAGCACUAGUCAGUGCCUAUGAGGGCCUGGGUUUCAUCUCUGAUACGGGAAAACAAAAAUCUCACGAUUAGCAACAAUGCUCUGAAGACGCAGUGUGCUCCGGCCCCGUUCCUGUCCCAGCCAUGCAGCUGGUUGAACAAAUGUCAGACAGUCGUUCCCUUCUUGGAUGGCCAACCUCAUCCUUUCUUCCCUUCUUUCCUCCAUCUCUCCUUCCCUCUUCCCUCUUCCCUCCUAUGUAGCCUUGCCUGUAAAUAGGUUUUUGCUGCUCACUGUACAAAUAAGGUCCUCAUAUUGUAAACAAGGUCCCGUUAGUAUAUUCUGGUCCGGGGCCAUGUUAGACAAAUCCCAAAGGGGGUGUCCCCUAACUGCCUCUCCUCUUCUCCUUCCUCACAGGGUACAAGGAUCAGGGUAUCCCACAGCAGCUGUGAGCCUCCAGGACCUGCCAGGGAAGUCCAGGGUCCUGUGAGGGCCGCACCAGGUGACUCCGGGCACAAGGACCUUCCCAUGUUCUCUUCUGCCACCUCUCAGAUUGGGGUAGAAAGGGAGUAUUUCAAAACAUAUUAUUUAUUUUGAAAAACACACCUGCUUUUCUCAGCAGGCUCUGAGGCCAACUUCUCCCUCUGCUCCAGAGGGCACAGGAAGAACAGGGCCAGAACUUCAGGACUGGGCUAGAGGCAGGAAAUUGACCAAGCACCAGGGAUGCUGGGCACGCUACUCCAACUGCCCACUCACCCCGGCCUGCCAGGGUGGGCUGCUGUAGACCCCGUGCAGGUGAUCAGGCACUCUUCCAGGCAUUAGGACUUCAUGGAACAUUUCUCCUGGGCCCUCACCCCCUCACUCAACCGUGUGGUUCCCUGUAUCUGCUCUGUGGUCUCCUGGGGGCAGUAUCAGGGUGGAGGUUGCAAGGUAGCCAGGUGGUAGCCCAGUGUAGAAAGGCCCUUGGGUCCCCACAGGUGUCUGAUGACGCCCUAGCCUUUUAGUCGCUGGGUGUGUGCGUGUGACCUUUGCUUCCCAGAGGCAAGGGUGGCACUGGCUCCACCUCUGAGAUGGUGUUGCUAGAAUUCCAGAUGUUUAUAUGCAAAAUGACCAGACUGAGUUGUCAGUGGCUGCAGACCAACAGCCUUCUUGGAUGUAUUUACUAUUGUUUCUGGUCCCCUCUCCUUCUGACAUCCACGUGUUUCCGAAUCCAGAUGGUUCAGUUUGAGGAAGGUGACGGCAUCCAUUCAUUGCUAUUUCCUAACACCCGAGCUGAGUCUGGGCUUCCCACCCACUGCCGAGCAUGCGACUAUCUCUAGAGAGUCCCGUGAAUAGUCAGAUGGCUUGGGACCCACGAAAUGUAAAUAGCCUUGCCCGCUCUGGUCUCCCGAGCAAGUCCUGGGGGACAUUGGAGACUCGUCUGCAUUUGAAGUGUGAGAAGAGCAACCUCGUGAGGUUGAGGACUUCGACCUGGAAUUCAUACGGGCUGCAAGAGGAUGCGUUGCGAGGCUGGAGUUGGUGUCACGACGUGUGGACCUUGGUGGCCCUUUAAGCGGCAAACCUGGGAGUGAUGUACCAGUACAGAGCUAGAUCGUUAGUAGGGGAGACCAACUGAAGGUUUGCGGGCACCAGUCUGAUGAAGAGAAAGGCGGCCCGAAGUUACAGCGAUGGUGUGGCUGUUUGCAUCCCCCUUCAUCCUCGUUCUAACGUAGGAAGCGCUAACAUGUGGGACAGGCCCAGAGCUCAGUUCCCAGCCACACUGGCCCUGAGCCAUCAUUGGGUCCCUCUUGGAGAAUCUUUCCUUAUCUAACAGAGGCUCUGUCACAGCCUGGCCAGGGCUAAGGAAAGGAGCUGUCCACCCACUGCCUUGGUGGAUGGAGGCUCUUGGGAAGCAGCUCCCAUGGCCCUGGGGUUCCAGCCCCCUGCCAGGCUUCUUAAUCGCAGUCUUUGGGAGCAGGCCCCCAAACUGGACGGCCCCUGACGCCAUCAUGAAGAGAUGUAGUCCUGUGACUACUCCCUCCUGGCUCUGACUCUGGACUAGUUUGCCUGUCCUACCCUGUGUCUACCCAUUAGUUUCUUCCAGGGCCGUGUGCGAUCAAGUUGCACCUCAAACACCAGGGUCCUGUCUCUUCCUGCGUUUCCUUCUGUUGCUUCUGUGUGUCUACAGCUCCUGUGUUGGGACACCACUCUGGCAGAUCACUGCCCUCAAGGAAGCCACAUCAGGUACCAAAGCUGUACCAGACAGCCACGGCACAGGGAAACGAUGGGUCAAUGCCCUCCUAUGCUGCCAUCCCACGGCCCUUUACUCCACAUAGCCAGUGAUGACAAGGCCUUGGCAAGGGCAGCCCCCAGAGUGAGGGAGGCGUCUAUGUGCCGGGCUUGGGCUGGGGGUGGCUCCUGGGGGCGUUAAAAGGAGACAGCAAUUUGUAUUGCUUGUUUCGUGACGUGAGCCAGACUCGAGUGGGACUUUUCAGAGUGACAAGUGUCACCGUGAGUUCCAGUGUGGGAUGACUUAAUACAGGGGUUUGUGAUCUUGGAAAGCUGUCUCCCUGGCACUCCC